GGUUGUAGACUAUCAAGAUGCCUGACGCAGGUUUACGUGGUGUAGCUGCAGAUCAGGAUAGGAAAUAUAAAGAUAAGGAUGCUUUAUUAAUAAAGAAUUCAAAAUUCCCUUCAAUUUUCAAUGAUAAAGUUGAUAUGCGUAAGAUCAACGCAACUGUUUUCAGACCGUGGAUUAGUGAAAGAGUUACAUCUUUAUUAGGAUUUGAGGAUGAUAUCGUUAUCGAAUACGUUACCGAUCUUUUAGAAGCGCCUGAUAACGCUCAACCAGAUCCCCGUAAAUUACAAAUAGCUUUAACUGGCUUUUUAGAGAAGCAUACCCCUGUUUUUAUGGAAGAGUUAUGGCAAAAGUUGCUUAGCGCUCAAGAUAGUGAACUUGGUAUCCCACCAGAGUGGCUUGAAGCCAAGAGGAAGGAAAUUCUCGCUAAACAGGAACACGAUCAGGCUAGAGCCCGCGAACGAGACCAAAUUAGGCAGAGUUAUAGAGAUGCUGACCAUAGGAGAGGUGAUCGCGGUGAUCGUGGGAGAGGUAGGGGUAGAGGUAGAGGCAGAGGUGGUGGUGGUGGUCCUAGGAAGUAUGAUAGACAAAGCAGGUCACCUGACUAUCGUAGACGGUCACCUUCUCCUCAACGCUACCGUCGUAGGUCUCCAACACCCGAUAGAAAUCGUGAUAGAUCAGCCACACCUGACUACAGGAACUCUCUUAGACGCGACUACUCAGCAUCCCCACCACGCACCCGCUAUCGUUCUUCAACACCUGACUACAACACUAGAAGACAGAGAUCACCUCCACCAUCAAGGCAUUAUCGCUCACCAACACCAGAGUAUCGUAGGGGUUCAGAAACACCGCCAAUGCGCCGCCUCGACCGUGACUCAACUCCAGAAUAUAAGCGGUGAAAAUACACGCAUUAUACUACUG